GAGGAGUGCAGACCCGGAACGGUCCUCCAGCGGCCGGGCUCGCACAGCAGUCGCCGAGUGCUGACGUGGGCCGGCUCCGCGGGGUCGGGGGCAGGAGGUGCAGGUCGCCAUGGCGGUGGACAUCACGCUGCUGUUCCGGGCCAGCGUCAAGACCGUGAAGACGCGCAACAAAGCGCUGGGAGUGGCGGUGGGCGGCGGGGUUGAUGGCAGCCGCGACGAGUUGUUCCGCCGGAGCCCCCGGCCCAAGGGCGACUUCUCCAGCCGGGCGCGCGAAGUGAUUUCACACAUUGGAAAACUGAGAGAUUUUCUUCUGGAACACAGGAAAGAUUAUAUUAAUGCUUAUAGCCAUAUCGUGUCCGAGUAUGGGAGGAUGACAGACACGGAACGAGACCAGAUAGACCAGGACGCCCAGACCUUCAUGAGGACCUGCUCAGAAGCAAUCCAGCAGCUGCGAGGUCAAGCCCACAAGGACGUGCCCUCCCAGCAAGUGAAGGAGCACAGGACCGCCGUCGUGGAUUUCGUCGAAGAUUACUUAAAAAGAGUGUGUAGACUUUACUCAGAACAAAGAGCCAUCCGAGUUAAACGCGUGGUGGAUAAGAAGAGAUUAUCUAAGCUGGAACCAGAACCAAACACAAAGACAAGAGAAUCCAUGUCCUCUGAGAAAGUUUCACAAGAUCCUUCAAAAGACUCUGAAGAAAAGCCUGUCACUGAAGAAUGUCCAGAAAAGAUUCCGGCCGAAGCACAACCUGAAUUGGGACCCUGGGGAGAUGGCAAAGGUGAAGAUGAAUUAUCCCCAGAAGAAAUACAAAUGUUCGAACAGGAGAACCAGCGCCUCAUCGGCGAGAUGAACAGCCUGUGUGACGAGGUGAGGCAAAUCGAAGGGAAAGUGGUUGAAAUUUCCAGACUCCAGGAGAUCUUCACAGAGAAGGUUUUACAGCAGGAAGCCGACAUUGACAGCAUCCACCAGCUCGUUGUCGGGGCAACCGAGAACAUCAAGGAGGGUAACGAAGACAUCAGAGAGGCCAUCAAAAACAACGCGGGCUUCCGAGUGUGGGUGCUCUUCUUCCUGGUGAUGUGCUCCUUCUCGCUGCUCUUCCUCGACUGGUACGACAGCUAGCCGCCCUGUCGCUCCGCAGCUGGCCGCCGUGGUCUCCGGCGUCGAGCAGCAGUGACCAGGUUUUACCAGAGCCACGCGGGGGGAGGGGGGAGGCAGACGACCGCUCUCAGAGGGGACACCCAGACCCGUGGUUUUAAGCCCAUUUAGUAGCAGGAAAGCAGUGAACACAAACGGAAAAUGGUCUGUGGCAGUCAUGGCAGUGGGGGUGCGGGGAGACGCCUGCCCCUCCCUCCCAGGGCUUCAGAAAGAACGCGGAGCAGUUACACCAAAAACAAUCACAUCUCCGUUCUCCUGAGGCUCCCUGCCUGCCUGAGCCGGCUGACACAGCCUCGCUGCACCGUGGAAAAGCGCCUUUGCCUUGUCAGUCUAAGUAACGUGACGACAGCCACUUAGGUACUGUCAGUGGGUCCCAGUUCAGAAACGCGGUGGCCGCCUCCCAGCGCCUGUUCCUGACCAGCGGGCAGGAGGCCCACAGGCAGGGGGCCCAGGAGCUUUGUUCAGAGGGGGAGAUGGCGCCCUGGGGGAGCGGGGCCUGUGCAUCCGACCUCCUGGGAACGUGACUGGGAACGAAUGCCUGUGUGUGAAGGCAAGCACGAGCCACGAGCCAUGUCCACGCGGAAAGCGUCCUGUGUCAGCAGGGCCGCCUCGCCGUGGGUGUAGACGCUCACCGCACAGUCUGCGGGCAGCCACGGGGACCUGGGUUCUUUAUUUGCACAGUGAAAAUGUCAGAAGUUACAUGUGCAUGAACUCGCAGUCAAUAAAGCGCACAUCUAGGAAACACGAAUGGGGCUUGCCAUGGCGCCGUGACUUUGUUUACAGACGUGUGCGGGAAACCUGGCACGCGGGUAUGACUCUGCCUGCCUUCCGCAGCCUGGCAGCACGUGACGACGACGCACACGCACUGACUGCCCUGCAGCCAGGUCAGUCUCCAAACCCCCUGGAUAAGAAAGACGUUUUAGAAGCACAUUGCAAGAAACGGUACUGGAGUUGGCCGCGAUCACCAUGCUUGUUCGCAACGUAUCUUACACUAUGUCGUUUAUUUUUGAUCUAAAAAACAGUGAAACUUGACACGUCCACCAGAAACAAUACAUUCAAAUGACAUGGAAGAAAAUGUCUGAAUAUCUUUGUUCUAUUUAAUUGUCUUACACACUUAGUUUAUCUAAUGGGCAAUUUUGUAAACAUUUAAUGUCAAGAUUCAGAUCGAAACCAUUUUCUUACAAA